UCAAAGACUCAAUCAUGGACACUUACUGACAGUUGUGGCUGUUUUGCGUGAUGUAUUGUUGUCUCUACCUUCUUGCCAUUUGUGCUGUUGUAUGUGCCUAAUAAUGUUUGUACCAUGUUUUGUGCUGUUACCAUGUUGUGCUGCUGCCAUGUUGUGUUGCUACCAUGUUUUUGUCAUGUUGUACUGAUACCAUGCUGCGUUGUCACGUGUUGCUGCCUUGCUAUGUUGUUGUCUUAGGUCUCUCUUUGUGUAGUGUCGUGUGUCUCUCUUGUUGUGAUGUGUGUUUUUGUCCUAAUAUAUUUAUAUUAUUUUUCUUAUUUUUAAUCCCAGUCCCCGUCGCCGCAGGAGGACUUUUGCCUUUUGGUAGACCGUCAUUGUAAAUAAGAAUUGGGGCGGCAGGGUAGCCUAGUGGUUAGAGCAUUGGACUAGUAACCGAAAGGUUGCAAGUUCAAAUCCCCGAGCUGACAAUGUACAAAAUCAUUUAACAGUUAACCCACUGUUCCUAGGCCGUCAUUGUAAAUAAGAAUUUGUUCUUAACUGACUUGCCUAGAUAAAUAAAUAAAAAAUAAAUAAAACAUUUGUUUUUAACUGACUUGCCUAGUUAAAUAACAAAACAUUUCACAUUUAAAAGCAUAGUUUUUAAGGCUAAAAAUAGAUCAUAAAAGUUGUUACACAAUGUAAAUUAAUAUUUUCAUAAAUAUAUUGCCAUGAUAAUAAAGUUAUUCAGUUUAUUAGCAAUAAUUUCAACCAAAACUGGAAUGACCAUCAAGUGAGUGUCUAAGACCAAUGUCCGUUUCCAUGCGCUCUAACAAAUUGUAUGUGCAGUCUCAACUUGCAGUAGGCUAGAUACAUCAUUACCCCAUUUUAUUUGGGGUCGCUCAACAUGUUGUAAAUUUAAGUCAAUUCGAUUGUUUCCUUUAAGCCCAAUUCUAGGGUCUAGAAUCACUUAAAGUGUGUUUGGUUUGGACUGUGCGGGUGGGAGGAGUUCUGACUGCUCCAUAUUCAAAAGUGGGGAGGGAGGCUUCUUCAAGGAAACCCCUCUCCCUCCGGUUAUAAAGAGACCACAGUGCCUUCAAGACAAGACAUAUUAACGGCUUUGAACAAUUAUUGUGUUAUCGGGGUAGCCGAUAUAGCUCUUCAAAUUUGUUGAACGUCGACAGAACUUAUUUAUGGUCAGUUGACAAGGUUCUGUGAGCGACGAGAUCUCGGGAAGGAGAUCAUGGAAUACAUGAACGAUAAAUUCGCAUUGAAAAGUCAAGCGAUUAAGGGCAGCGACUACUACAUGGGCUCUGGCGGCGCGCUGGACCAAGUUAUGGAGAGUUUGGACAGUGUGCAGUACUACAGCAAGACCUCGCCCAAGUGUGUGCAGGCCUUUGGGAUACAGAGCAGCGAGCACCACUCGCGAAUGGAGCGGUCCUCGCCUUGCGGAGACCAACACGCGAAUUAUGGUGUCCAGAAAACGGAAGAUACCUUGCACGCGGACCUUGGAAGGUCGAUCGACAACUGUUGCAAUCUGAGGGCCUCGCCGGUAACGGCGUGUCAGGAGAAAACGGAUUUGGACGAAAUGGGUGACAAGUGUGACAGUAACGUAUCGAGCAGUAAGAAGAGGCGACACAGGACGACAUUCACGAGCGCACAGCUGGAGGAGUUGGAGAAGGUGUUUCAGAAAACGCAUUACCCAGAUGUUUAUGUGAGAGAACAACUGGCGAUGAGGACGGAACUAACCGAGGCCAGAGUGCAGGUGUGGUUUCAAAACAGAAGAGCCAAGUGGAGAAAAAGAGAACGUUAUGGACAGAUUCAACAGGCAAAAAGUCACUUUGCAGCCACAUACGACAUAUCAGUGUUGCCAAGAACAGACAGUUACUCACAGAUCUCCAACAACCUGUGGCCCAGCCCUGCUCCCAGUGGCUCUGUGGUCUCCUCCUGCAUGCUCCCCCGUGGAUCUCCCCCAUGUGUCACCUCGUAUUCCCACUCCCCCCGCUCCGCAGCCGACCACGGGUACGUGGGCUUCCCCAACCAGCAGAACCAGUUUGGACACGUCUCCCUCAACAACUUCUUCACGGCCGACUCCCUCCUCACGCCCUCGCCCAACGGACACCCAUUCGAGACCAAGCCCGAGUUUGAGAGACGCUCGUCCAGCAUUGCUGUGCUGCGGAUGAAGGCUAAGGAACAUGCGGCCAACAUAUCCUGGGCCAUGUGAUUGUGAAUGUCUCUUCUGCAUGUCCAGCCAGCUGACUGACUCACAGCCUCUCUAACUUUAGCAUUACUACUGCGCACGUUUAUAACCCCCAAUGUUGACUGACAGAAAUCUGACUGUGACACUGAUUGAUUGAAGAGGACAUACAGAAGUCAAAAUAAUGUAGGCCUAGAUGCUGAUAACUGACUGGUUGUCUCCAAGACUGGAGAGAUAUGAAGCCUCUCCAUGGAGUCAACAAACUGUGAACCUGUUGGUCAAAAGAGUCAAAUGUCAGAGGAGAUUAACUGCUUCAAGAUUUAAAGGUCUGCUCAUCGAGGUUGAGCAGUGCAUGUCAGUUCACAACACACAGAUGAAACUUACUUUCAGGUUAACACCCGAUGUUAAACAAUGCAUUGCUGAAAAUGUACCCCUCUGUGACUUGAAAACUCUGAGCCGGUUCGAGCACUCCAUUAAGAGUGGUGCAGUGGUCUAAGGCACUGCAUCUCAGUGUUAGAGGCGUCACUCUACAGACCCUGGUUUGAUUCCAGGCUGUAUCACAACCGGUCGUGAUUGGGAGUCCCAUAGGGCGGCGCACAAUUGGCCCAGCGUCGUCUGGGUUAGGGUUUGGUCAGGGUAGGCCGUCAUUGUAAAUAAGGAUUUGUUCUUAACUGACUUGCCUAGUUAAAUAAAGGUUAAAUAAAAUAAAUAAAUAAAAAGCAUGCUUUGUAUGUCCAGGAAAUAAUCCAUCUAAAGAUCAACUAUAGUAUGUCCUAUAAGUUGAGGACAGUGUGAAUAUUGUAAUUCCCUGUGCUUUAUAAAUCCAUUGCCCUACAGUCACUAAAACGAUGCACACACAUCUUAGAGGUAGAAGGCUGUGUUGUUAUGAUUCUGGAUGGUCAGAUAGCUAGCAACAAUGACAAAAAAGCUGCUAUGUGGGGAAUCGUAGGUGGCUCGUUUCAGCUCGUUGUCUUGUUAUUGAUAUCAUGUCUUGUUCCGAGUUGUUUUGACUCAAGCCACAUCUAUGCUAAUAUGGCAAAACAUUCACUAGCUAGCUAACCAACAACUGUAACAAUGUAUCUGAGAGACAACUGCUCAUUGUGAAAAUGUAUUUAUGUUUUUAAUAAACAUUUGGAGACUAAAUAUA